AUGCCCUCUCAUCUCGAAACUGUUAUUUUGAACCCUACUUCUGAUAUGGUAAACUUGAUCAAAUCUGUACCUUCUCCUGAUGUCCUCAUCCACAACCAAUCGGUUGAACAAGUCGCUCGGGAAAGAAUUCAAUCUAUUUCUACCCAGAAAUGGGACUCUGAUCAAGAAAAUGCUUUUUUUGUUGGCGAUCUCGGUGAAGUUUUUCGUCAGCAUCUCCGAUGGAAAGCCCUGCUUCCUCGAAUUGAACCCUUUUUUGCUGUCAAAUGCAACCCUGAUCCCAUGAUCAUUAGACUCUUGGCUUCUUUAGGCUGUGGUUUUGAUUGCGCUUCUAAAUCGGAAAUUCAACAAGUGUUGGAUGCUGGUGUCGAGUCCAAUCGUAUAAUCUAUGCCAAUCCUUGUAAGCAAGCCUCUUUCAUCCGUUAUGCUGCCCAGCAAAACGUCUGUCGUAUGACUUUUGAUAAUGCCGAAGAGCUUUACAAGAUUAAAAAGUUCUAUCCUGAUGCCGAGCUUGUCUUGCGUAUCUUGACUGAUGAUUCUAAUUCGCUCUGCCAAUUGGGUCUCAAGUUUGGCGCCCCUCUUGAUACUGUUGAACACUUGCUCAAAACUGCAAAGGAACUCGACUUGAAUGUGAUGGGUGUGAGUUUCCACGUUGGUAGUGGUUGCCUUGAUGCAUCUGCUUUUGGUGAUGCUGUUUUGCGUGCUAGAAGAGUGUUUGAUCAAGCUGAACAAAUGGGAUUUCAUUUUACUCUCCUUGACGUUGGUGGUGGAUUCCCUGGUAACGAUGUCAAAGAUGGCAUUACCUUUGAAAAAGUUGCCUCAAUCCUUGGUCCCAUGGUUGAUUCCCUCUUUUCUCCGGACAUUCGCGUGAUUGCUGAGCCUGGUAGAUACUAUGUUGCCUCCGCCUUUACGAUCUGUACCAAUGUCAUUGGUAGAAGAACAGUUGCUCCCAAGUCUGAAGGCGAGCAACCUCGAUUUAUGUACUAUAUUAACGAUGGUAUGUAUGGUUCUUUCAACUGCAUCAUGUUUGAUCAUCAAGUCGUUCACCCCAAGGUCUUGGUCAAGAAUGAUGAAUUUGUCUAUGGCCAAGAAAUCCAAGAAGAACGAUUUGAAAGCAGUGUCUGGGGUCCCACAUGUGACUCUAUAGACUGUUUGAACAAGUCUACUGCUUUGCCCAUGCUUGAGCCUGGAGACUGGCUCUACUAUGAGAACAUGGGUGCCUAUACUAUCUGUGCUGCCUCUCAGUUUAAUGGUUUUAGAAAAUCCGAAGUUAUCUAUACAAACACUUUUAACUGA